AUGUCUUCUGGCUUCACACAGCUUGUUUCUAUUGUGUGCAUCCUCGAUUCAGCAUUGCUUCAGGUUCCUGAGUCGCACAGGAAGGGCUGGACAGUGUCAGAGGGAAAGGGAUCAAAGCAUCACAUUGCAUGCUGCCAUGUAGCAGUCUUUGUCCAGGGCAAAGGGUGUUUACAUUGUAGAAAGGACAGACUUUUGCAUUGCGUUAUUGAGAAGAUGAACUACUUGGUUGCAGCGGAGGCACAGACUGUCUCCGUGGUUUUCAUAUUCACUGUUCGUCUUGGUAUUGAGACUGGAGCAAGCGACAGGGAAUGGGUACUAUUGGGGCCGUCUGCAGGAGCGGAGCAGACAGCUAUGGUAUGCGCUGUGGGUCGACUGGCAGAGGAGCCCAGGGCGCGACUGGGACAGGCAGAAGAUGCAAGAGAGUGUACAACUGCUCUGCUGUCAGGCCUGGGAGGGCGACGCUGCUGA